AAAACCUUUAAAUAAUUGACCUUGUUGAUAAUAUGUGUUACAUGAAUUAGUUAAUACUUUCGAAGUUAUGGGAAACUAAAAUUUCUCGUCUUAUUUUAUGACGAUGAUUUAUUACCGUUGCUAACAAAACGAAUCCAAUCGAUUUAUUGUUAAUGUUGACAAGUUGUCAACUUUGUGUCGUGAAUAGCUAAAAUAAUUUCGAUAUGGCUAAAGCAACAACGAUAAGAGACGCGAUCAAAAGAUGGGAAGAGAAACAUCCAGAUGAAAAUAUAGCGGAAGCGGAAGAGAUAGGUUUUCAACUACAGUGGCCUCCUAUAGAAAAAAUGGACAAUUCCCUAUCUGCAUUAGUGAAAUGUCGAAAAUUGAGUCUCUCAACAAAUAUGAUUGAAAAAAUUGCUGGACUUAGUUCUCUGAAAAAUCUUAAAAUUCUUUCCCUAGGAAGAAAUUAUAUUAAAUCAUUUUCUGGUUUGGAAGGGGUUGGAGAUACCCUAGAAGAACUUUGGAUAUCAUAUAAUUUUAUUGAUAAAAUAAAAGGUCUUGGUGCUCUUAAAAAGCUCAAAGUUCUCUACAUGAGUAAUAACCUGGUGAAAGAUUGGGGAGAAUUCAUGAAACUACAAGAAUUGCCCCUCUUGGAAGACUUGUUAUUUGUUGGUAAUCCCCUUCAUGAAUCUUUCGGUGAAGGUGAGGCUUGGGUGAAAGAAAUAUCUAAAAGAUUGCCACACCUGAAGAAACUAGAUGGAGAACCAAUUUUGAGAGAGGAAGCCGAUUAAAAGAGAAUUUUCUCAAAAAUUAAAAUGAAACCAAAGCUUUAAAAUAUAUGAAUAAUGAAUUUUUA